AUGGACAUGAUAAUUGGGAAUUCUGCGCCACGGCACCCACAAACCAGUGCGACGAGUAUGGAAAGAUUGUUCGUGUUCUACCCGGACCUGACGCCGCUGCCCACGGCCGCACCCACGGCCGCCCCUGGCGCCGAAGCGCCAAAUAUUGUGCUGGCGCCACCACCCGUGCCGACGGCAGCGCCUACUGCAAUGCCCACGCCAGCGCCUACGGCAUCCCCGACGGCAGCGCCUACGGCAGCGCCAACGCCAGCGCCUACGGCAGCACCUACGCCGGUGCCGACUCUCGUACACACCUUCUCCGACCAGUGCACCCACUCCAGCUUCAACAAAUAUGCCAGUGCCAAAUAUCAUGGUUCUACGUUGUCUUGUUCCGUUGAGGCAGGGGCGACGUCGAUAAACAUUCCAACAGACAUGCUGGAAGGCCUCAGAGUAGGCGAGUGUUUUAUCCUUGAGGGUGGUGGCAAUUCAGAAAAGAUUUGCAUUGCAGGUUUUGGGUCGAUCUUGCCAGUGAAUCCCACGCAGUUCGCGUACUGCGCUAACACAAUGCUCACACUGUUGAAAGGUAGCGGGACAAUUCGACAACGAAGUCCAGAUCAUGGCAGUGUGCGGGACGACCCGCAUGUGUGGCGAAUACUUCGACAUUCGGGAGGAGCCAUCCAGUUACACCCUGCUCCGUGCGCCCUUCGACGAACAGGAGCCACCCACGCUUCUACUAAGCGCUGA